ACGCCCUUCGGCCUCCUCAGAGUAUUCAGCGUUGUGAUCCCUUUCCUCUAUGUCGGGACUCAGAUCAGUAAGAACUUCGCAGCCCUGCUUGAAGAACAUGAUAUCUUUGUCCCAGAGGAUGACGAUGACGACGAUUAAAGGAACUGUAAUGGAAGAACAGAAGGGAGAAAACCAUUGACAAAGCAAUGGUUCCAACAUCUGUUGCCUGUGUUUUGUCCUUCCUAACUGGGAUGGGGGGCUCUGCAUCCCCUGUGCCAGCGAGUGUCCUGCGCGUGUCUGUAUGACGGAAAUCUGUAGAUCAGGGUUGAAGGAAGUGCUUGAUAGGCCCUGCAUCCUUGCGCACACACGCUCACCUCAUCAAAGACUGCUUGGGACUCCUUUUAUUAGCAAUAUGGGAAACAAUUAAAGAUCAAGAGAUUGAGAU